AUGACCAAAUCCAAUGAGAAAUAUAUCAAUCAUAUUCAAGAGGCUGAACACCAAAAAGCCGAACGGGAGCGAAGACGAAAACUACGCUUAAUUCAGGUACGCCAACAAGAGAAAAGAAUUGCUUCUCAGUUAAGAAAAAAGUUUCAAGAACGGCGUGAUAAUGAAAUUGAACUGAUAACAAAACAUAUACAGGCCAAAUAUCAGAAAGAACAAGACGUGAAACUACAUAUAAUAAAGCGUACAUAUCAAAAUAGUUUAAGUAACGUAGGUCAUGGACAUAACAUGGCUACUCAGGUGGUAACAGCUGAACCGAAGCAAGUUUCAUCUGAUGCAAAGGCUCGGGCAUUAAUUAGGCACAAAAAAGCGCUUCAACAGAUACAAGAAAUUAAAACAUCUACUGCAGAAGAAGAAUCUCGACGUUCUGAAGCCAAAAAAGGAAUCGUUGAAAAGCAGCGUCAACUGGCUGAUUCGAUGAAAAAGAUAGAGCCUGCUACGUCUGAGCUAAUUUUGGGCUAUGCCUCAACACGUUAUCAUCUGCCUGAACGUUACAUUGAAAGAGAAACAUUUAACCCUGACCAGGAAAAUGCAAUGCGUGCUGCUGAACUGGAAAGUACACGAAUGGAGCUCCUAAAGAAAGAAAAAGAGAAAGCUCGACACGAAUACAAUGAGAAAGCACGACUGCGAUAUCAUAGUGCUAGAACGAAAGUACUUUUACAGCAGGAUUACGACGACCUAAUAUCAGAGCUGCAAGAAUAUGAUCUCUUGGAUAGACAAAGAAGACAAAAUGCUGUCUCGAAUUUACCUGUCAAUAUAUUUCAACCUUUAAAUCAUAAGAUUGAAGAUGAUGCAGAUAAGCAAGCAAAAUUAGAAGAGCAAUUUGAAGAUCUGUUUUCUGCAGACAUUGAUUUAGGAGACGAUCGCUUACUAUCGAAAUUUAAGUCUGAUUCUUCAAUCAGUGAGAAUCUUGAUAAAGAACACGUUGAAAAUGACUUACAGCAAAAUGAUAAUUCAGGCUGUUCUAGGCAGGAUAGUGAGGAUACACAAGAAAUCAAUGAGAACGAGAUGUGUGACUUGAAGGAAAAUACUGAAAUGGAUCAAACCGAUCCAAUGAAAAAGCUACUAGAAAAAAUUCGUCUUCAAAGAGAAUCACUAAGCAGUAUCGACUCCAAGACGUAUAAUUAUCGCGCUAAUUUACGUUUCGAUUUUAAUUUUAACAACUUUGAACUUACUAUAGCAAAAAAUAUAUCUAGAAACACAGAUCCUGAGAAUGAAAACACACACUCCUCACCAGUAUACCCUAGUAAACCAAAAACUGAAAUCACCGAAGAAACUGAAAGGCUUAAUGAAAUCAAAAGAGACGCUGCAGUCAUUACUGGAAGUGCUGACGACGCCGAAGAGGGUAUUGAAGAGUCUACUGAAGAUGACAAAACUGAGUCCGAUUAUAAGAUUAAGAUUGAUAGGCUGUCUAUGCAAGAUAAAAAGCCUGAAUCAGGUACCUUGACUAUUGAAAAGCAAGAGCAAGCGCAGGAAGAUUUACAAAAGAAACUUUUAGAAAUACAAUCUCGUAAUCUUGCGUUGGAACAGCAGCAAAGGCAACUACAGAAAGAUAUCGAAGAACAACAGCAACUGUGGGCACGACAGAAAUUGCUGCAAGAACAAGAGCGAGAUUCCGAAAUCAUUUCUGGUCUUAGGCAAAUUACGCAAGAUGAAAGCGACAGUUUGCAGCAACAAAGAUUUCAUGCACGAGAAAAAUUGCUUGAAACGAAUAAACCUGACAGUCAGGUAGAAACAGAUAUUAAGGAAGAUCAAAGGCAGUGGGCACAACAGAAGCUAUUAGAGCAAAAGAAGAAUUCUGAUGUAGAUGACAUAGGAGGCGCUAUUAUUUCAAGCGUUACAGAUACUACUUGUAACGAUAUUGAAAGAGAAAAUAGUAGCCUAGUAAUUACUAGUGACAAAGUGAAACAGUACCAAGAAAGUAUAUUGAAUAGCAGCGUCACGAAUGGACGGUAUAAAAUACUAGGUUCCGAUCGAAUUCCGUUGAAUAAUUCUGUAACUGCAAGAUCGAGUAACAUCGCAGAGUUAGAAGCUAAGCUAUUUACUGAGAAGAAGGAACUCGAAGAUUUAAAAUAUCAGCUAGAACAUCAGCGCCUUUUGUACAACCAAGAAAAAGGAUUAAGGGACAAAAAUGUUGUAGCUGAUGGCAACCUUAGAAAUGAUGUUGAAAGCAAAAAACAGACAGACUCAUCGAAAGCAUGGUUUGAUGAAUUUAUCGUCGAAGAUGCAGUUAAUGAACAUGAGCCGUUGCUCGAUCCUGCUGUGCCAUUAGCAAAUGAUAAUAUAUCCAAUUAUUAUAACAACGUCAAUUUAUCGGAUCGCAAUAAUGUGAAUGAUAGUGAUAAUAAAAUUCAGCUUCAAAGACUUGGAGAAGAAUUAAAUUCUACCUACAGGCACGAAAUAAACAUAAAACACCACAAUCCCUCCAGUACAAGUCAGGAUAUCACUAGCGAUAACUAUGGCUUCAUGUUAUCCCCUGUUCCAGAGGAAGAAGAGGAAUCUGAUUUAGGUGGUCAUUUUUCACUUGACGCCCUUGAUGACGAUAGUAAAAUAAAAAACAAAGAAAUAAUGAUAGAUAAUUUAAAUAAACUAUCGAACGACGGUAACCUAUCUUCACCAGCAAUGCAAAUAAUAUCCGCUUAUAAUGCCAACAAUGAAAAUGGUACCACUUUAGAUGACAAUCAGCACCAACAACCGCAAUUGCAAGAACUUUCAGAGAAAAUAGAGGAUUUGAAUGCCGAUUUACAACUUGAGCCAGAAGCAAGACUUAGUUCCUAUACAAUGUCAAGUGAAACUAGCCCAAGCUCAGAGUCUGAGCAUGCGUCAACGAAACACCUACGAGAAAAUCUAAAUACAGACGCUUUGACUGAUAUUCAAAUUUCAUUUGGCGGUGUGUUUUCCUCCUACCCUUUAAAUAGCCUAGAUCCUGCUGACACAAAUGUAAGUCGCAAUGCUAUUUCAACAAAUACUACAAAAAUGGUAGAAGACAAUCAAACUGCUGAAGGAUCUACUGCAAAAGUAUUGUCAAAUAAUUCUAAGAACAAUUAUAGCUCUGAUGUACAUACAGACGAAUCAAGCAGUACGCUGUUAGCUAAAAAUGAGAAUUUAGAAGAGCGACCAUUGAUAAUUUAUGGCGAUUGGCCUGGUGAAGAAAGCGAACCUGCAAAGCAGACUCAACAUCUGGAAUAUGAACAUGCGGAAAAUAACAACACUGAGUUCACAACGAAUGAAGUUGAUGAUGCUGAUUAUAGUAUCAUGUUAAACGAAUAUAAUGAUAUGCAGCCUUUUCGGAAAUUUUUACAAGAAAAAGAUACACCCUGGGAUGCCACCUCUGAGCCCAGUAGCCACGAAGAGGGAGACACUAACGCAAAAGAAGUUACUUUACAGGAUGCAUUUCUAAGAAGGAAGAAAGGUUUUGUUAAAAAUUCUACAUCCAGGUUAAAAGGUUUGAAGAAAAAAAGGUAA